ACGGAUUUCUAUAAUAAUACGCUCCGACGACAGCAGAUCAUAAGCGCAGUUCGUUCCACGUUGUUGUUCGCUCUGUGUCUCUCACUCUCUCUAUAUUUGCAUCAUUCAUCGGAAAUGGCUCUCGAGGUUGCUGUUAAGGCUGCUGUUGGGGCUCCAAAUGUUCUCGGAGAUUGUCCAUUUUCCCAAAGGGUCCUCUUAACUUUGGAGGAGAAGAAAAUUCCUUACAAACUCCACCUCAUCGAUCUCAGUAACAAACCCGAAUGGUUUUUGGGUGUGAAUCCUGAAGGGAAGGUGCCAGUGGUUCUUUUUGAUGGCAAAUGGGUGGCUGAUUCUGAUGUAAUUGUGGGGAUACUAGAGGAAAAGUACCCAGAACCCUCUCUAAUCACUCCUCCUGAAUUUGCCUCCGUGGGAUCAAAGAUAUUUGGGUCUUUUGUGAGUUUUCUGAAGAGCAAGGAUACAAACGAUGGAACUGAGCAAGCAUUGGUUGCUGAAUUGAGUGCCUUGGAUGAACAUCUCAAGACCCAUGGUCCAUACAUUGCUGGGGAGAAAGUCACUGCUGUUGAUCUGAGUUUGGCACCAAAACUGUACCAUCUUGUGGUAGCACUGGGCCACUUCAAGAAUUGGAAUAUUCCAGAAAGUUUGGUACAUGUGCACAAUUACACUAAGCUGCUGUUCUCCCGAGAGUCAUUUGAGAAAACAAAGCCUCCAAAGGAGGAAUAUGUUAUUGCUGGAUGGGCGCCUAAGGUGAAUGCUUGAAGUAAUUCUAAAUUAUGAGGCAUCUGAACAUCAGAUAUGUGAUGUACUGUGACUGAACCUGGUUAAGAAUAGGAUGGCGAACUCAUGAUGUUUAAGAGUAUUGUUACCCUUUUAAUAAUGAAUAAACAUGUAGUUUGUUGGUGUUUUUAUUGGUGAUGUGACAA